UAAAAAAAACCCGAAGGCCCUGCAUCUCUUUCUUGCACUUGAAGCUCAUGGUUCAGUUCACUUGCACCAUGAAACCAAGACCCCCAAUCUUAUGCACGCCAUCAUAACUGUAAAGUGAAAGGAAAGAAAAGGAAAUUCAGCAUUGAAUCAGAGAUUUAUCUUCUCUAUGUUGCAGCAAGUAAAUUCCAUUGCGUGAACAAAAUAUACAGAGAAAGAGUUCUGCUGUUUUGAUCCAUAUGGACGGGCAUUAUGGUUAUAUUUUUGGGCAUUUUUUCUUAGUGAUAAUCCAUAGAGGUUGUCAUUCUGUCUGUGCAUCAUACUGCACUGGAAGAGAAGCGAUGAAUUAUGCUGUUUUAAUCAUGGUACCUGAAAUGCCAUGUCUUGAAGCUCUGAUAUGAGUCUAUUGCACACUGGGCUUUGGAUUACCCUUGACAAAUAAGAACUGUAAUUUUUAGGAAGACAGACCCUUCUUCUUAUAUAGUCCAACAGAGCUAUAAAUAGUUUUAUACACACGAUCAAAUGGGAAAACCACUUCCAUUACAAAUAGAAGGCCAUUUUCUUGUUGCAGUUAUAUGUGCCAAUCGGUCCUUUUGAUUGUGCUGCUUUUUGGCUUAGAAACAAGUGUUACUUGGUAUAUACUUAAGCUUGCAGAUUUUGAAGAGUGCGAUUCCAAACUUGUAGCUCAUCUAAUAACGUGUUUGUUUUUACCAAAGGAGAUAUCUGGAUUCACACUUUUCCGAAAUAAAGGAAGAAAAAAGGAGAUAUCUGGAUUCACACUAUUUUAAAUAAUAGAAAAGAGAGACUAUCUCUUGGAACAUGGAUGAUCUUAAGAAAUUUUUUAUGCGUUUUCUGUCCAAGUGGCAGAAUAGCUCACCAGAUAUGAAGGAAUCCUGUUUAUUGAUUAUGGCUUGUAUUAGUGCUGCUGUUGUUGGGUUGUUGACCCUAGCCUAUGUUAUCAAUCUAUGGAGAAGAAACAUCAGUCUAAGCUUGUUGAAAGCUGUUGCAAGGACAAAGAAGAACCCUAAAGCUAAGCACAAAGUUCCGGCUGCUACCCAUACUUGGAAUCUAGAACCUGGGCAUCGUGGAAAAACCCUAAAUUGUUGUGUGUGCUUGAAGUCAGUUUCCCCUCCGCAGCCUCUUGGGCCAAUGAUUUCCACUGAUUACUUUAUUCAUCGAUGCAAUCUUUGUGGGGCUGCUGCCCAUUUGGGCUGUUCACCGAAUGCUCAUAAAGAUUGCAAAUGCGUGUCUAUGAUAGGUUACCCCCAUGUAAUCCAUCAAUGGGCUUUGAGAUGGACUGAGAUUGAAGAUAUACCCGAGGAGAACCCUUCUUGUAGUUACUGUGAAGAACCAUUUAGUGGCUCCUUUCUUGGUGGGUCACCUAUAUGGAGUUGUUUAUGGUGUCAAAGGCUUGUACAUGUGGAGUGCCAUACAAGCAUGUCUAGUGAGAUGGGUGAUAUUUGUGAUUUGGGUCCUUUCAAGAGGCUCAUACUUUCCCCUCUCUAUGUUAAGGAGUUAAGCAAUAAGACUGGUACUGGUUUCUUGAGCUCGAUUACACAUGGAGCUAAUGAGCUUGCUUCCACCGUCCGUGGGCGUAUUAGAAGUCCAAGUUUUAAAAAGUUUAAGCAUAGUUCCGAUACUUCUCUUGAUGGAGCAAGUAGCUGUGGUACUGUAGAUUCAUCUACAGAGAGCACUAUUGAUGGCCAUCAAAGAUUUGUGGGCUCUCAUGGUGAUGAUGAGAAAUGUAAUCGGUUUAUGGAAGGGGAAGCCCCAAACCAAGGAAGCCUAACAGAUUCCAUGGCGGAGAUGAUAAUGAAUCAGCAGAAAGAUGCUUCUUCCAAUAGGAAUGAAGAUUCUCAAACUACAGGAACAAAACACAAGUAUGAAUUGAUUGACCUGCCUCCUGAUGCCAGACCUCUUCUUGUGUUUAUUAACAAAAAGAGUGGGGCUCAACGCGGAGAUUCUCUUAGGCACCGUUUGAAUGUUCUUCUCAAUCCUAUUCAGGUCAUUGAGCUGAGCUCAACCCAGGUACCCGAGGUAGGUCUAAACUUGUUUAGAGGAGUGUCACACUUCAGAGUUCUUGUUUGUGGCGGAGAUGGCACAGUUGGUUGGGUGCUUGAUGCCAUUGACAAACAAAAUUAUGAAUCUCCUCCUCCAGUUGCGAUUCUUCCUGCUGGGACUGGUAAUGAUCUAGCUAGGGUCUUCUCUUGGGGAGGUGGUCUUGGUGCCAUAGAGAGACAAGGUGGUCUAUGCACAGUACUUCACCACAUUGAGCAUGCAGCAGUUACCAUGCUUGAUAGAUGGAAAGUCACAAUUGGGAAAAACCAAUCGAGGCAUGACAAGGAUCAGACCACAAAAUAUAUGAACAACUAUCUAGGAAUUGGGUGUGACGCAAAGGUUGCUUUGGACAUUCACCUUCUGAGGGAAGAAAACCCAGAUAAGUUCUACAAUCAGUUUCUAAAUAAAAUGCUAUAUGCAAGAGAAGGUGCUAAGAGCAUCAUGGACAGGACAUUUGCUGACUUACCAUGGCAGAUCCGGGUAGAGGUUGAUGGUGUUGAGAUUGAGGUUCCUGAGGUUGGGCUCUCACGUGCUCGAAGGUUAGCACAAGGGCAGUCUAUCAAGAUCCUGCUAUUUGCUGCUUUUCCCGUGCAGAUAGAUGGAGAGCCGUGGGUUCAGCACCCGAGCACUUUGGCUAUAACGCAUCAUGGCCAGGCAUUUAUGCUGAAAAGAACUGCUGAGGAGCCUCUUGGCCAUGCUGCCGCCAUUAUCGCCGAUGUUCUCGAGAAUGCAGAGAGUAAUCGCAUCAUUACCCCCUCACAGAAAAGGGCCCUUCUCCAGGAGAUGGCCCUGCGCCUCUCUUAAGAAUUCCAACCAGCAACCACAGUUCCAUGUGAUAUCAAUCAUUAUCUCAUCAUCUCUCUACAAUGCCUGAGGCAUCUCUCUCUCUCUCUUUCUCUCUCCCCAUGGUCUUUAUUGUAGUUGUUUUGUAAUAUAUUGUGAUCAUAUUAUAUAUGCAGAGUUACAUUCAUAUGCGAUGUAAGUUUUGCUGGUGGUAUUAUAUCGCAUGUUCCUGUGUCUAUUUCUUCUCAGAUUUGUGGGAAAAGAUAGGAAGUUGUUUGGACCAUACAAAGCAUUUUCCCAUAAUUUGUAAAUACAUAACGAUAUAUGUCCAUGAAUGGAUUUAGACCAUCUC